AUGACUUCGAAAUUGAAAAAGAUGAGCCUGAAGACUAAGAAACCUAGCAAAAAGAUGAAAAAAUCUGUUGUUGACGACUUUAAAGUCUGUGACAAGAUUUCCAGUGGCAUUGCUAGCUGUACGACUUCCGGUAAUUCAAGUUUCGGUUUUUUGACUACUCGCUGGGCAAGUGCAGCUGUGAUUAUAUCAAAAGUUAGAAUUUGGCGAUCAAAUAUAUGUCUGGGCAGUUCACCUUCUCAAGGAACAUUUUGCGUUUUUUUUAGUGAUCAGUGGUUCCUAUUCGGUGGAUCGAUGACCAUUGGUGAUCCGCGAGGGCAACGGCGAAGUACAAAACAGUACAAAGCAGAUGAUGAAACAAUAGGUCCAGUGCCUCAAGUGGUUGCUGAAAUAGUUAUUGAGAAGUGGAGAUUUAGAGAAUUUGAAAUGAAAAACAGUGGGCAAUCAAAAGAGAGUAUGAAUGGGUCAGUCAUGACGAAAAGGUGGAAAGCUAGAGAAUUCGAAACUGAGAACCAUACCGCGAAUGAAGUAAACAGUAGUUGUGGGACUCUCAGUUUAUGUUCGCUGAAUGCAUUUGCUGUUAUGUUUAGAUUGACACGUAUUUGCAUAAUCGAAGUGCAAGUUGCAUGUCCUCAUUAUUCGAUAUUUCAAACAAAUCAUAGGGGACAAUUGUUCGCAUUGCAUAUUUCAUGGAAUUCUUGA